UCUCCCCACCCCACUGCGGCGGGCAGGGAGCGUGGGCAUCCCACGCCCUGGUCAGCUGUUUAGUGAGAAAAUAAGCGGUGUGGAAGGAACGAAGCUGGACGACGAGUUUCUGGACAUGGAAAGGAAAAUCGACGUCACCAAUAAAGCUGUUGCAGAAAUUCUUUCCAAAACCACAGAAUAUCUUCAGCCAAAUCCAGCACACAGAGCGAAGCUGGGGAUGCUGAACACCGUGUCGAGGAUCCGGGGGCAGGCGACGGCCACGGGGUACCCGCAGACGGAGGGGCUGCUGGGCGACUGUCUGCUGAAGUACGGGAGGGAGCUCGGGGCCGACUCCAGCUUCGGUGAGUGUCCGGCGGCCCCUCCGGGCGGCCCCUCGCUCAUCCCCGUGUCCGGAGAGCCAGGAAGGGCCCGGCCCUGCCUUUGGGGCCACCGCGCUCUGGGCCACGCCCUGGGCCUUCCUAGCUCAGGUCCCAGGCCCUCGGCGCGGCCUGGCGGGAGUCGGGUGCCAUCUGGGGCGGCCCGAGCGAACCGGGGACCCCGCAGCGUGGCCUCAGCUGGUCUCACUGUCCCCCAGCCCGGAGCCGCAGCAGCUGCAGGUGCCCCAGCCCCGAGCCCCACUCAGGGCCACACCCAGCUGCCCGCAGAGGGGUUGGGAGUGGCCGGGGCAGAGGCCGGACGGAGGGCUCAGCGAGGCGGGUCCAGUGUGGCUCGCGAGCUGGCUGCGGCCUUGCCCAGGCUGCCCGCAGCCCCCGAGGACCUGACCAUGGCUGCCCGGAAGGGGCCCCGGCGGCUGCCGGCGUGGCUGGGCUUCGCGCUCGCCGCCCUCCUGCAGGUAGGGGAGGGGCGGGCGUCCUCUGCCCUCACGGCCGGCGACGCCCGCUCGGCCGAGGAGGAAGACGGCGGCUGGGACGCCUGGGGGCGCUGGAGCGACUGCUCGCGCACCUGCGGCGGGGGCGCGUCCUACUCCCUGCGCAGGUGCCUGAGCGGCAGGGACUGCGAAGGGCGGAACAUCCGCUACCGGACCUGCAGCAACCAGGACUGCCCCCCCACCGCCGAGGACUUCCGGGCUCAGCAGUGCUCGGCCUACAACGAUGUCCAGUACCAGGGCCGCUACUACGAGUGGCUGCCGCGGAACGACGACCCCGCCAGACCCUGCGCGCUGCGCUGCCACGCCCGCGGCCGCAGCCUGGUGGUGGAGCUGGCCCCCAAGGUGCUGGACGGGACCCGCUGCCGCCCCGACUCCCUGGACAUGUGCAUCAGCGGCGUCUGCCAGGCAGUGGGCUGCGACCGGCGCCUGGGAAGCCAGGCCAAGGAGGACCAGUGCGGGGUGUGUGCGGGCAGCGGCGCCACCUGCAGGCUCGUGCGGGGACAGGCCAAGGCCCAGGUGUCCGCUGAGAACAGGGAAGAGACCGUCAUCGCCGUGCCCCUGGGGAGCCGCAGCGCGCGCAUCACGGUGAAGGGCCCGGCGCAGCUCUUUUUCGAGUCCAAAACCCUCCAGGGGAGCAGAGGGGAGCACAGCUUCCAUAGCCCGGGGGUGUUCGUCGUGGAGAACACCACCGUGGAAUUCCAGAGGGGCCCCCAGCGGCAGGUCUUCAGGAUCCCCGGGCCGCUGGCCGCAGACUUCCUCUUCAAGCCCUCUGUCCAGACCAGGUUCACGGAGGCCGGGGACAGCGUGGUCCAGUUCUUCUUCUACCAGCCCAUCAGCCACCAGUGGAGACAGACCGACUUCUUCCCCUGCACGGCCACGUGCGGCGGCGGUGAGCAGGGCUUCGGCACACGCAGGCCACGCAGACGUCCUGGCGCGUGGGGCGGCGGCGUGUGCACGGUGACCUGCGGCCGCGGCCUGCGCUACAGAGUGGUCCUGUGUGUCAGCCACCGCGGGGAGCACGUGGCCGGCUGCAGCCCGCAGCUGAGGCUGCACAGCAAGGAGGAGUGCGUGGUGCCCGCGCCCUGCCCCAGGCCCCGGGGUGAGUGGGGCCCUGCCCGCCCGGCCCGGCUGCUCACCGACGGCAGCUCCCGGAGCCUCCCAGACGCGCUGUGCCCGGGCCCCAGGGCCUCUUCCCGCAAGUCCUGCGCCAGGACCGAGUGCCCGCCACACUUGAGCCCCGGGGACUGGUCCCAGGGCGUGGACAGCAUGGACACCGCCCCGCUCGACCCGCUGGUGGGCAACGUGAGCCGGCUCCUGGCGGCCGGGGCGGUCAGUGAUGAUGACCUGGCCUCCCAGCUCGUCCACCAGCUGGUGGCCAGCCUCCCCCACGCGCCACCUGCCCGCCCACCCCCGCCGGGCGGCCAGGGAGAGGAGCCGCCCGCCGCCCAGCUGCGGGGUGCCCCGGCACUGGGGCCCCCGAUCCCUCGUGGGAGAGACUCGGGCAGGCCGAGGGGGCCCAUGCUGAGGCGGGCGCGCCAGCGCCCCUCCGUCGCCUUCAACAGGACAGUCCACUCCAGGACCAAAGCCGCAGCGUACAUCACGGGAGCCACACGGGUCAUCAGCCUCCUGUGUGAGCUGGCCACCCCCGGCGAGGCCACCUACGGCUGGACGAAGGACGGAGUCGCGCUGCAGGCCUCCGGGAGCACCAGUGUGUCUUCCCGCCGCGCCGCCGAGCGUCCCGGUGGGGGCUGCAGUGCGCGGGGUGGGCACGUCUCGGAGGUCGGGCCGGGUCGCACAGGGCCGUCAGCGGGACUCGGGUCUGAGGAUAGCGCGUCUGUGCCCGGUCAGCCGGGUCGCCUCGGUCUGCUCUCUGCCCGGCAGUACCCGCAGCACCCCGCCGCCCCCCUGGCCUGGCGCACGCUCAGCGUGGGGCCCCAGGGCGGGCGCUUACUGACCGUCCCUCGGCCUCUGCCCGGGAGCCCACCGCACUCGGCUGAGCCUCUGGGGCACUCCUACCCCAAGCGCAGCCCUGGGGGCUCCUCCAAGCGCAGCCCUGACACGGAGGAGCAUCUGGCCGCGCUGCGGCCGGACGUCACCUCCAAGACAGAAGCUUCGUGUGAGCUGCAGGCAGGUGGCGUCCACCUGGUGGUGGCCUCGGAAGCUGACCGCUGCAGCCCUGCUUGGUGA